UCACUGCAGCCGGGCUCGGGGCACUCUGGUCUGUGCCACCCUCCCAGCCACACAGACGGCAGGACGGGGCCGACAGCUGCCUCUCAGACCACCGAGCACUAUGGAGGCUCUGUGCGUCCGACCCUUGAAAGAGGAUGGUGUCGUGACGGAGGAAGAGGAGAGGGAGAGAAGUGGGGGACAGGAAGAGGGAGGAAGGGAGGCCUCAUCUCCCACGGGCUCCACCACAGACGAGGACACAGACGAGGACUCGGAGCCGGAGCCCCCGUCGGUCGUCUGCAGGAAGGUGUCGUUCGCUGACGCAUUCGGCCUCAACCUGGUGUCGGUGAAGGAGUUUGACAAUGUUGAGGCGACGGGGUCGGAGGUCAGCCGGCCUCCUGAGAGGGACGCCGCGUUUCCUCUGGAGGAGUUCUACAUGUCCUGUCUGUUUACAGUCCCAUCAACCCCGGAAGAGCUGGACCAGAGGCUACAGGCGCAGAUGGUGGAGCUGGAGAGCAUCGAGCUUCUCCCAGGAACCACCAUGCUCCGCGGGAUGAUCAGGGUGGUCAACCUCGGCUACAGCAAGUCGGUUUAUGCCCGAAUCAGCCUGGAUUGCUGGAGCAGCUACUUUGACCUGCUUGCGGAGUACGUGCCCGGAUCCAGUGACAGGGAAACAGACCGAUUCACUUUCAAGUACAGUCUGAUUCCUCCCUUCGCCAGGGAGGGCACCAGGGUGGAUUUCUGCCUGCGCUACGAAACGACGGUGGGCACCUUCUGGGCCAACAACAAGGAGAUUAACUACGUGCUGUUCUGCCACCAGAGAGGACAAGCGAAGGAGCUCGGGCCUCAGGUGCUCGAGGAGAGCGGCGGCUUCAAGAGCAAGAGGAGCUGCCUCAAAGCGAUAAGGAGGAUAAGUGCAGAGGAAAAGACCAAGGAGUCCAAUAACACAGCAACACCUUCUGCAGGAGCCCAAGUCCCUCCUAAAGCACAGGAGUCUGAGAGACAGACGGCGGACAGCACAGAGACACACUCGCUAUUACACCAUGAAGGACACAAAGCCUUGGUGGACGGGGUGAAAAGCCGGCCCACAGGAGCACGUUUGGCCCGUGUGCAGGAGGACCCCUCCCAGAGGAGACAAGCACGACGGGUAUAUUCACAUGACUCAGCCGGUUGCCAGAAGAUUACUCCGCCUGGGCCAGCUCCGUGGUGUGACCAUGUGAGCAAUCGCUACAACCGCCAGAAAAAGCCAAACCACACUCCGCCUGUCCUCACCUACCAUCAGAUCCCUCUGCUCACCCUGGACUGGAAAAGCGAUACGCCACAGCGGUGGGGGGCUGCUGAUAUGGAUGAUAUCUGGGCUGGGAACACUAAGCAGACCAGACCAAAGGCGUCUGUAGAAAAUAUAGAGGCCACGCCGUCUGUGAAUGAUUUGUGGCAGACUUUUCUUAACGGCACAGUUGAUACCGGCAAUAGAGACACCUCGGUGGGUCAAGUGUGGCAGGAAUUUCUAAUUGAGCCAAGUCAUCAGGACCAUUCUGGUGUCCCGGAGGCGGAAUGGCUGCAAACAGCUGCGUCGGUGUCCCCCUCAAAUCACAGGGGGCCCCAAUGCUCGGCAAGUAGUCACGCGAUUCGAGAAGUUCAGGUGGGGACGGACGCACCCACCGCCUCAGAGACGACUUCAUCUCACUUCGACCACCAGCCGAACGCAGAGGCGUGUGUCUGUGACAACACGGUGACCCGGGAAGCCUCGCAAAGGUCGCAGACGAACUCUGUAACACACACCUUAGAGGAAUGUAGCCUCCAGGGGGUGAGGCCUGUGUCCGGGGGCUCUGUUGACAGUUCGGCCGAGUGUCACAUGCUUCCAGCCUGGGAGCGAGUGGGCAAAAGAGGAGACGCAGAAGGAGCAGGCGGAGAUGAGCGCGUCGCACCGCUCGCGGACGAUUCAGUAACAAGCUCAGGGGAGUCGAAGACAGCCGACAUGACAGAAAUGCCAGAGUCUCAGAAUGCCAGCGCUGUUGAUAGGAUCUCGCAGCGAGCGAGGCUGGACGAGGGUCUUUCUUCUCGUGGGGAAGGGGAGGUUACAGGUACCGCACACAAUGAGACACGUGACACGCUGGCAUUUAGGGAGACAAUCAGACAGGGGACAGAGGACGGGGAGAGGAUUGUCUUCUCCACGUCCGGAGAAACAGCAGGAGGGAUCAUGACAAACCGCACGGAAAAUCAAGCGUCUACGGAGGAGAAGUUAUUUAGGCCGCUGGAAACGGGGGCGUGUGAAAUGUCCCCGAGGGACGCAGAAGAAAAAAGCAGCGAGGAAUUCGGGCUGAACCCAAAGAGUGAAAAUCCAUUAAUGGAGAACAAGGGAGAUGAAAAGGAAAUAAGACCCGAGCAGUCGCACGCACACAAAUUCAAUCCAAACCAAACAUGUGAGGAAAAUAUCGGGACGAGCCAAGUAAUGGAAGGUGGAUUCAAAUUGGAUGGAUCGGAAAAAGAUACGGCAUCGAGUGACAAAGACCAGGAGGGAUUCAGACAACUAGAUUCAUCGGCCUGGCAGAGGGGAGAAGCAUCGGUGGUUUCAGAAGUGCUUAAUAAACAGUUGAGGACAAUCCGAGCAGCGGAGGAACUGCAUGAUGGGAAAGAGGAGGAGAAAAAUCCACGUGAAUCUGAAGAAACGGAAGAAAAGGAAAGUUUGAGUUGCGGUGGAGUAAAUGUGGAAAUAAACCCAUCAGCUCAGAGCACGCACAUUGUGGAGAUAAAGGUCCUCCACAGUGACACUCUCCCAGCAGAUAGACACGUCCUGAACCCAGCAGAGGUGGAAGGGUUGAGUUUGAAAUCAUCACAGGACGUUAUGAGGGGUCGGAGAGAGGGCACAGGCCGUGAAACGAGACCAGAGGAAAUUACGGUGAAGGAGAACAUUGACGCUCAAACAGAGCCUCGACGCCCACCUGCGACUCUACAAGGAGUAGAGGAGGAUAUGAGACUGAGAGAGGAAGAGGAGAGAAGGCUGAAAACCGAGGCGACGAGGGGGUCGACGGGUAACGUGGAGGACCCUCGGGUCGAGAGAAAGAACAAGUCAGGGGAAUUGAAAGAGCGAGAGAAAGUGGAGAACCCUCAACGUGUUGAAUGUAGGAGAUUGUCAGUUGGAACGAACGACCUGGUUAUGGCAGAAAAGACUGUGGCACUUGAGUCGAGGGUGGAGGAGGCGCUCAUUGAACGAUUUGGUGAGGAUUUGGUCAGGAGGAUUUGGGAGGAGGUGUUCGGUCGGAGAGCGCGGGACACGAGUAUCGUGGAUGGAGUGAACGGCAGCCCGGCAGAUAUUACAUGUGACCGCCAGCCUCUUUUGGAGAAAGGUUCAUUUUCCCUGACCGAUCCAAAUCUAAGAACCCAUCAAGGCCAAGAGGAAGCGAGAGAGACAAGUAGCAAAGAGGACUCCCCGGGGGGAAGUCGUCAGCUGCUCGGCACAAUGAUUCAAACUCACACAGAUCUGGAUUCAAGUGCUCGUCCAGCUCGGGAGCCCCCCGCCUCAUUGACUGAACCAGCCCAAACCACCAGCUCUGCAAAGGAGCAGGAGAACGCCUCUGAAAUAAGACAAAGAUCCAUCACCCGUCAGGAGGCCGGUGGACAAACAGAAGACUGCAGUCGCCCGGCCCCCCCGUUUCACACACGCCCCACUUUCCCCUCCGAGAAAUUGAAAGAGUCUGACGCCCUCGUCCGCUGGAGCCUCCACGUGCUCCGUCAGGUCACCAGACUGCUGCUGUGCACCCUGUUAGUCGCCGGCUUCUUCACCAUCCUCUUCCUCUACGACUUCCCGGCAUUCAUCGCGCUCUACGUGUUUUCGGCGUGCUGGUGGUUUUACAAGUGGAGGACACAUCGGGUCGCGGUGCACAAGGGGGUGGGGAGAAAGUUUGCAGAGAAAAAAAGAGAAGGCGUUGAGGAGUGCGAUGCGUAGCGGUGGAACUUGAAUGGCGUCUUCGUGUAUUUUCAUACUGUACAUUCAGACGGGUGAGAGCCUUGUUGAUCUGUGACCCCUGAAAGAAAAGCAUUGUACACCUGUGACACCCAUUGUGUUUGUGUGUCUGUCAUAACCAGUUCAAGCUGGGAGAGGUUUGAUUUCGUUUUCUUGCCUUUUUUCUUUUCUUUUCUUUGUUUUGUUUGAUUUUAUUAAUAAAGUAAGACAACUACAUAACAUCACAGAGUAUAAUUCUACAGUGGGGCAGGCAUUACUUUGAACUGAGACUAUGGUGCAUGAGGGCACCUUAGCCAUUUUCAGACAUGACCUGUGGGUAAAGUAGAGAAUGGGACGUUACCCAGGGUUUGUCCCUUCACACAUGCACAACAGAACAGGCGGAUUUCUGCACAGAUGCAUUCACAACAGGAUCAAAUCAUCCACAUCAUUCAGGAGACAGAUACAGUAGACAGAGGGAGGAAGUGACUUAUUAGCUCGGCUGCAGAGAUCACAUGAUUUUCUUCACAAAAAACAGACACCUGGGUCAGCUCUUAUCAACACAAACUAUCGUGACAUCUUCCUCUGUGUCUGCAACGUGUGUGUCACCGCUUUUUCACCGGGAGAUGAUUGUUUUCUUUUGUUUUGUUUGGUUAUGUGUUUUUUCACGUGUUGGACGUGUCAUCAUUUUCUCCUGAACUCUCCUGGCUUGCUACAGACUUCAUACUAGGAGGCCAGGAGCAGAAAAACCACAGAUGAACCCGAGUCCUCUCACUCAGACUUUUACCGAUCACAAGUGCACCUCCUCCGGGGGGGAUUAUGGAGGAUCUGUCUGAAAGCAGCUCUUGAUAGAAACAGGACAGAAUGUGCAACACUGGGGAGACGGGAGGUGUUUCUAUGUUUUUUUGUUUCUUCCACCCUGGCAGACACAUAGUAGACACUGGCUGACCUGCCACCACAAACAUAUGGCGUUAUCAAACUAUUAAAGAAGUAAAAGAAUAAACAAAAGGGUGAGUGUAUGCUCUUUUCUUAUCCUCCUCUGCCCUAUACACACACACACACACACAUGUAGAUGCACACAAGAGAUUUUGUGAUUCUAUUGGUUUUCCAGGCGGCUGUCAGAGUUGAUCAGAUUGUGUCUGAGGAGGUUUUUUACAAGGACGUUGCUCUACUUGUAGCCCUGGGUUAUUUCAGCUGUGCUUUUGGGUCCAUCUGAAUUCAUGGUGUAGUAUUUUUGCCCUCAAAAAGUAGUGAGGAAAGUUUGGUGCGUCUUAGCCACCUUGAGAUUUUAGCAUCUGGGUUUUUUUGUUUUCCGGUAAAAUGGAUCGGGUGCUGUAAACCAGUUGUUGGUGGAAAGCAACAAAAGACAUCUUUUAUUUUUUUUCUUUUAGUUCAGUGUUGUGAUCGAGGGUGAAGAGCUCUGAACGCUUUGGGAAAUAAAUGAAUGCCUGAUAUUUUAUUUUGCUGACGUUUUGCUUUCUAGGUCCUUUCAACACAUUAAAUCAUAAAAUGCAAAAUAUUUCAGCAGAAAUAUAUAUUUUUGUCACUUAAAUCCUCAUCUGUCACGUCCUGUGGCCAUUUCACAUUAGUCUGUGACCUAAAGAGUGGUUUGGUUUUUUUUGUUCAUCAAACAAAUUGCAAAGUUAUAUUUAAUCAAUAAAACAUUAAAACUGAAAUACAACUUGAAGGUUUUUCUUGUUUUAGUUUCUAUGAAAAUGCACUUGUUGUCUUAGCUAAUGCAGAUUUUCAGUAAGUGUAUGAUGUGUGUAUAUUUGAUGCUUUUAUGGGCCCAAUAUUACUUGACCGUGUAUGUAAUGAAACAAAGUGACUUAGCUUGCUGUCCUUCAAUAAACAAGAUUCAUAUG